AUGUCUGCCAAACCUACUAUUCGCCUGGCGACGCCAGAGGAUGUCCCCCUCAUCCUCCAAUUCAUCCGCGAGCUUGCCGAUUACGAAAAAGCUCUGCACGAGGUUGAAGCCACCGAAGAAUCCCUCCUAGCUACCUUGUCCUUCCCCGGUACCCCGCCCAAGCGUGGUUCAGUUUACACCGCGCUCGUGACCCCACCACCCACCGCCGAGAACCCCGCGCCGAUCCCCGUUGGCAUGGCACUUUACUUCUACAACUACUCCACUUGGCGCUCCGCACCUGGAAUUUACCUGGAGGAUUUGUACGUUCAGCCGAGUGCUCGGGGUCAGGGCUGUGGGCUCUUGUUGCUCAGGUAUCUGGCUAAGCAGGUCCUGGAGGCUCAGGGUCGUCGGUUGGAGUGGAGCGUUCUGAAGUGGAACGAGCCUAGUAUUCGGUUCUAUGAGCAGAUUGGCGCCAAGGGAAUGGAGGAGUGGAUGAAGAUGAUGGUUGACGGUGAUGCUUUGACAAAGCUGGCUGAGGGUGUAUAG